UGGGUUGGUGGGGACACACACGGGGCGGGGUAGAGAUACUGGAUAUAAUGCAGGCGGACGGGGAGGUCGCUCUGUGGGUCCUUUGCCUGCCUCCCCUCCAGGCCUGGAUCCCCAAAGUCCCCGCAGGGUUGGCAGGAGGAAGGAACCUGUGCGCCCCGCUACCCCCGCCCCACCCCCGCAUCUCCAGGGACAGAGAGCGCCCUCACCUUGCUCCGCCGGGCGGGGUCCCCUCCCGUCUCCCCAAGGCUGUUCCGGGCCCGGAUCCCCCGGGGACCGCAGUGACCCGGAGCGCGGGGGCAGCGCCCGGCGGCCUCGGCGCAGCCACUGGGGGUCCCGCUCCCGCCCCCCGCCCGGCAGGGGGAGCGCGCCGAGCGCAGACGGUGCCGGGACCGCGGCCUCCGCGCGGGAAAGCGGAAACCGGAACCGAGGACUGAACCUUCGAGAACUUCACUUGUGGUUCAAGUCUGCAGACACGGUGACAUCUGCAAACAACGUCUAGUGAAGGUGCGGCGCGGAGUCCCUGCGUCCUCUCCACGUGGCCGCGAUCGCUCCUCCGCGCAUCCGCGUCCCCGACCCUCCUGCGGAGAGGUGGCCCGGCGCCCCCCGUGACCGUCCUCGGCGCCCCCGCCCCAUCGGGACCGGGACAGACGCGCAGCCACGACCGCGGACGCGCGGACAGGACCCGCCUCGUGCAGGACCGCGCCCACCGCCCGCCGGCGUCCCACCCGAGAAGGCCGUCCUCAGUUGUCCCGGGGUGAAGACGCUGGGCAGUGCCCCCCGACACCUGGUGAAGAUUCAUAAUCACGCCCAGCUACUUUUGCGGGUUACUCUCCUAAAAUGCUGCUGUCAUCUCGCAGGGCAGGUCUUCUUUGGGAGAUACUGCUGCUGGUACAAGCCGGGAAGACUCUGGGCGAUGCUCACUCUCUUUGCUUGGAAUUCACUGUCAAAUCUCAGUGCAGGCCUGGACAGCCCUGGGGUGAAGUUCAGGGCUCAGUGGAUGAAAAGCCUUUCCUUCAGUAUGACAGUAACAGCAACAAGGUCAGACCUUUGGGUGUCCUGGGGGAGAAGGUAAACGCCACCAAAGCAUGGAUGGACUUGACUCAAACACUGGGAGAAGUGGGUCGAGACCUCAGGAUGAUCCUGCCUGUCAUCAAACUGGAGAAAAAGGGGACCAGGGGUCUUCGCACUAUGCAGGUCAAGCUGUCUUGUCAGCGUGAAGCAGAACGACGCACUGGUGCAUCCUGGGAGUUCAGCAUUGAAGGGCAGACAGCCCUCUUUGACACAAUGACCAUGAACUGGACAGUCGUUGAUCCUGGAGCCAGAGGGAUCAAGGAGGAGUGGGAGAACCACCAGGAACUGGCAAAGCAUUUCAGGAAGAUCUCAGCUGGAGAUUGUAAUCACUGGCUUAGGGAAUUCUUAGAACACUGGGAGAAACUGCUGGAACCCACAGAACCACCAUUAAAGGCCCCAGAUACCCACCAGUCUUCAUCUAUGUGGAUAAUCAUUGCAUCAGUCCUUAUUGGCUCAGUCCUAAUUUGCUUAGUCCUAAUUGGUGUCAUCAUCGUGAAAUGUAGGAGGAGAUCAUAUGACCCAUCAUCUGAAGUUUCUUCUCUGGACUGUGAGAAGGUGAUGUUAGACCAACCUUUGGUGGCAAAACCUGACUCUUGAUGACAGUCUGGCUGCCAAGCUAAUCUGUGAUCUUCUACUCAGAGCGGGGUUUCCAAGAAGCUAAGAAGCUCAGCUCCAGAACCCUUCACCUGCACCAGCUCCUCUCCUGGCCCUCCUUACAAGGUGCUGACUUGGUCAUUUUGAGAAAUUUGCAAAAGUAGGAUAUUUGCUGACAGUCAAUUGGGACAGCCAAUUUCACACUGGCCCUCUUUCCAUGAGACUUCCAUCUGUGUCAGGUGGAAUUGGAGCGGCUGCUGGCAUUGUUUUUAUUCAGUUAAAGGAAGAAUACUUAGGAAUAUGUUUAUUUCGGUUUAAUGCAAUAUAUUUGUGUGCUCACACUCACUUUCGUGUACAGAUAAGUGAUUGCUACACAGAAACCACAAGUCAGCUAUGCUGACACUAGAUGUCAUGACGUGUUAACAUGCCCUGUGCUGCCUCCAGAGUAGAAAGGAUAAAUAAAGUGUGAUAUAUUUACAAAGGGAACACUAUACAGAAACUGAUAGAGAAUAAAACCCGAAUGCCUCUUCUAGAUAGGAUGUUCAGGGGGAAAUGUCAGACAGAGAAUAUCUACUCUAGGAUUGCGCUUAUAGAAAUUUCAAAACCAGACACCACCGAUCUUUGGCGAUAGACGUCAGAACAGUGGCUAUCCUGGGUAAUGAUCUAGAACUUGAUCCUACAGGUGAUUAUGCUGGUGGGUUUCAUCUUUAAAAAUACAUCAAGCUAACCAUUAAAGAUUUCUGUACUUUACUGUAGAGAUGUUACAUUUCAGCAAUAAAAUGUUUUAAAAUUUUGUUGUAGAGGUUUCAUUUUUCAUUAAUGUCUUGACAAAUUGGUAGUUCUCUCUCGUCAGGAAUAUACUCAAUGACGAAUUAAAUUAUAAAUACAUUAUACAUUUUUUUCUGAUGGGAAUCAGACACACUAUUCACACUUAUAUAGAGAGAUAGAGACAGAGAGACAGAGACAGCAACAGAG